GUGUUAGACUUAGACUUUUAAAUGCAUAAUAAUCUCUUCUUCCAUAAUCACCACUCACUCUAAGUUUAUAUUUAAACAUAUCUUCCUUUCUUGUUCUUCAUCAUGUUCUAACACUCUAUUUCAUUCAAUAAUGUCUACACCAGCAGAGUACUACCGGUCUCUCCCACCUGUGAGCAAGACCUAUGGAGUAGCAUGUUUGAUGACCACAGCUGCUUAUUAUCUCAAUCUUUAUGAUGCAAGAAGCAUAGCACUGUUUUAUGGCUUAGUGUUUAAACGCUUUCAGAUUUGGAGGAUUAUCACAAAUUUCUUCUUUCUUGGACCAUUUUCAUUUCCAUUUGCAGUUCGUCUCAUAAUGAUAGCAAAAUAUGGUGUUUCACUGGAAAGAGGGCCAUUUGAUAAAAGAACUGCAGAUUAUGUUUGGAUGUUGAUAUUUGGUGCAGUCUCACUUCUGGUGAUGAGUGUUGUGCCAUAUUUAUGGUCUCCAUUCAUGGGAGUUUCUUUAGUUUUCAUGAUUGUCUAUGUUUGGAGCCGCGAAUUUCCGAAUGCACGAAUCAACAUUUACGGUUUGGUAUCAUUGAAGGGUUUUUACCUUCCAUGGGCUAUGCUAGGUCUUGAUUUGAUAUUUGGAAACCCUUUGAAGCCAGACAUUCUAGGAAUGCUUGCAGGACACUUGUAUUACUUCUUAACAGUUCUUCAUCCUCUUGCUGGUGGAAAGUUCAAGUUCAACACUCCUCUUUUAGUUCACAAAGUAGUGGCAUAUUGGGGAGAAGGUACUCAAAUGAAUGCACCAGUGCAAUCUAAUCCUUCAGCUGGAAUUGUGUUUAGAGGAAGAAGCAAUCGUCUUGGUGGAACUCAAACAACAACGAGAAGCACUUCUCAUGAAACAAGUGGCAAUGAUUCAUCUUCUUCUUCUUCCACUCGGCAGCAGAAUCAGGGUGAUGGAGUUGCUUUUCGCGGAAAAAGUUAUCGCUUAAAUGGUUGAUAUUGUAUAUCCUAUGAUGUUUUAAAAACAAUGCUGAAACUGGACGGUUUAAUCGGUUAAACUGUAUAUGAAUGGUGUAACUUGAUUCGAGUUUCGUCUCGUUGGCUCGAUGCCUGAUUUAGCUUUAAAAUAGGUUUAUGGUUUUAUAUUAGUUAGUAUGUUACUUUAUGUACUCAAGACCAUAAAUAACAUAUGCUAUAGAGAACCAUUUCAUGAAUAGAA